AUGAGUAUAUGUACCAGAGUCCAAGCCAGUUGUCAAGGACAUGAGAUUACAAAUGUCAUCUAUAUUAUAGAAAAGUACAAUACCUGGGAUAAGCGUCUUGUGCGUGUCUUGCUAAAGGUCGGUAAGAACACAGGUUGUGUGAAGCCAGCGAUCUUCCUGGACUGUGGGAUGCACGCCAGAGAGUGGACCUCCCCUGCCUUCUGCCAGUGGUUUGUGAUCGAGGUCAGGAGUGAAACGUCAUUGUCUGACUAUCUUCUCUUACUGUUCAAUAUUGAGAAAUACCGUGACCGAAUGUGGAGAAAGACCCGUUCUCGGAACCCUGGGACUAAUUGUCGGGGAACUGAUCCCAACAGAAACUGGAACGCAGGAUGGUGUGAGAUCGGGGCCUCCAAGAACCCCUGCUCAGAGACGUACUGCGGCCCCGUAGUAGAGUCUGAGAAAGUAGUCAAGGCUGUGGCUGAUUACAUUCGUAGCCAGCGUUCAGUCAUCAAGGCUUACCUCACCAUGCACUCCUACUCUCAGAUGUGCCUCUUCCCAUAUUCCUACACCUACAAUCUGGCAGCCAACCAUGAAGAGCUGAAUAGCAUAGCUCUGACUGCGAUCAACAAACUGGGCAGCAUGUACGGGACACAGUAUGUGUACGGUCCUGGAGCAGUGACUAUCUAUCCAGCAGCUGGGGGUUCGGAUGACUGGGCUUACGAUGAGGGCAUUAAAUACGCCUUUACCUUUGAACUGCGGGACACCGGCAGAUAUGGGUUCCUUUUGCCUGAAUCUCAGAUCAAACCAACUUGUGAAGAAACCAUGUUGGCGAUUAAAUAUAUUUCCCAAUAUGUCAGCGAGCACCUGUACUGAAAUACAACAAUGUA